GACCUGGAACACUUUUAGGGUGCAGUAAUAAGCUCCUUGUCUCUUCAAUGGAUUUACAAUAAACUGAAGAUUCGUAUCACUGUGGAGUGCCAGGCACCAUAUCUCUUUUUGCACAUUUGGAUCUGGAUUCUGCCCCAGAGACCCAGACACAGAACACGGAGCCAUGGCGCUGUCCAUCAUCCUCGCAGUUCUUUUCAUCCUCCUCAUCGCUCACAUCAUUUACCAGUCAUGGUCCCUACAGAAUAAAUACAAGUCACUGCCUCCUGGACCUACCCCGAUUCCUGUGGUGGGGACCCCCCAGUACCUACGGUUGAGAGAUGCCAUCGCCAACUAUGGCAUGCUCAGCAAGCAAUAUGGCAGAAUAUUCACCAUCUGGAAAUUGUCAGAACCGGUGAUUGUUCUGUGCGGUUAUGAAAUGCUGAAAGCGGGUCUGAUGGAUUACCCCGAGGAGGUGUGCGAACGACCAUUCCUUCCAGUAUUUGAAAUCGCCACCAAGGGAUACGCUAUUAAUGGAGUACGAUGGCGCCCUCUUCGCCGCUUCGCCCUACUAACCCUCAGGAACUUGGGGAUGGGGAAGAGAGCUGUGGAGGUGAAAAUGCUGGCAGAAGUCAAACAACUGGUCAAGGCUAUGGCAGAGACAGCAGGGAAACCCUUCAACGCAUCAAUGUACCUGGCCAGUAAUGUGAUAAACAUCAUGGCUACUAUUCUGUUUCGAAGUCGUUUUGAUUACUUGGACGAGCGGCUUCCAGAACUUAUCGUGACUAUGGCCAGACAUAUCAACGGGGUUACGUCUCCGCUAAGCACGCUCUGCAAUUUUGUCCCAGCUCUUCUGUACAUCCCUCAAAUCAGGCAUAAAGUCAUUAAAGACAGUCAAUACGUCCAGGAGUUUGUGGCAGAAUGUAUAAAGCCUAACAUAGAGACUUUCUCGAUGUCUGUGCCACCGCGGGAUUUCAUAGACCAUUUCAUGGUGAAGAUUAAGGAGGUGGAACAUGAGAAGGACACAGCUUUCUGUGACACCAGUCUCCUCAUGGUGACUGUAGCACUUUUAGCAGGUGGAACUGAGACAACAUCUACUAGCCUAAAAUUCGCCCUGGUGUUAUUGGCCAAUUAUCCAGAAAUACAAGCUAAAGCUCAGCAGGAGGUAGACGAGUACGCCAAGAACUCGCGUCAACUGGAGAUCGAGGACAGACCCCACUUACCAUAUACAAAUGCUGUCCUUCACGAAUGCCAGAGAAUUCUCGAUGUAGCACCAACUGCACUUUUCCAUACCAAUGUUGAAGAGAUUAAAAUCAAGGAUUAUACCAUCCCAAAGGGGUCUACCUUGAUCCCCUUCCUCACAUCCGUUCUCAGAGACCCAACUCAGUGGGAGACUCCGGAAGAGUUCAAUCCCGGGCAUUUCUUGACCGAGGACGGACAGUUCCGCCCCAGGCCGGCGUUCCUGCCUUUCUCCGCAGGGAAGCGCGGGUGUCCUGGACAGUGGCUGGCCCGCAUGCAACUCUUCAUCGUCUUUGCUGCUAUGGUCCAGAAUUUCACCUUCAAAAAUCCCCCAGGGGAACCACUACGGGACUGGAAAUAUCUAAAUCAACGCAAGUAUUACUACAUGAGAGAAUCCGAGAUAUGCGCUGAGUAUCGUCAUGCGCGCAUCUGAUAGCCCGCUGUUCAGCCGCAGACCGUGGAAGAGAAUGAGAAAUAAAAUCCAGAAAAUAUGACAAAGACGCUAGAAAAAAAAACU